AUGCCUUUUGAUGCCACUGUUAAUUUUGGUAGUGUAGAUGUUAAGAACUUUGUACAACCUACUCUUAAUGCAGCAGUGACAAGCAUUAUCCUCAAUCAUUAUGGCUUUACCUAUUGUAACCACGUAGACCAAAAUCUCUGUGGUACAUGUUUGUCGGCACAAGGAGCUGGUACAGCAGUUUGA